AUGAACGCCUUCGAGUACAACCCUAACCCCGGCCGUGUCGUCUUCGGCAGCGGCACCCUGCAGAAACUGCCGGAUGAGAUUGCCCGUCUGCAGGUGAAGGCGCCACUUGUACUGUCAACGCCCCAGCAGAUCAGCCAGGCCGAGAGUGUCCAGAGUGUCCUCGAUGGCCAGGUCGCUGGUAUCUUCAGCGAGGCGACCAUGCACACCCCGACUCACAUCACCGACAAGGCUCUCGAGUAUGCAAAGGCCCAGGGCGCCGACUCGGUCAUCUCCAUUGGCGGUGGCAGCACGAUUGGCCUGGGCAAGGCCAUCAGUAUUCGCACUGGACUGCCACAUAUCUGCAUCCCCACGACCUAUGCCGGCAGUGAGAUGACGCCCAUUCUAGGCGAGACAACCGACGGUCUGAAGAAGACUCGUUCCGAUCCCAAGAUCUUGCCGGGCACGGUCAUCUACGAUGUCGAUUUGACCAUGACCCUGCCGACGGCGAUGAGUGCCACUAGCGGAGUCAAUGCAAUUGCUCAUGCAGUUGAGGCUCUAUAUGCUCGCAACACCAACCCCAUCAUCAACAUGAUGGCCAUCGAGGGUACCCGUGCCCUUGCAUCCGCCCUUCCUGAGAUUGUUGAGAACCCUUCUUCGCAAUCCGCCCGAUCUCGGGCCUUGUACGGUGCCUGGCUCUGUGGCACCUGCCUUGGCAGCGUGGGCAUGUCCAUUCACCAUAAGCUGUGCCACACUUUGGGUGGCAGUUUCAACCUCCCCCAUGCAGAGACUCAUACCGCUGUCUUGCCGCAUGCCAUUUCAUACAAUGCUCCUAACAUUCCCGAGGCCAUGAAGCAGCUCGCCAAUGCGCUGCCGGACAGCAACGGCGAUGCGACUCACGGCUUGAAUGUUCUGCUGACCAAGCUCGAGGUCAAGCGUGGCCUGAAAGAAUUCGGGAUGAAAGAGGAAGAUGUGGACAAGGCGGCCGACAUUGCGGUCUCCAAUCCCUACUGGAAUCCCCGUCCGAUCGAGCGGACUCCGAUCCGUGAGCUGAUCCGCCGUGUGUGGGCGGGCGAGCCGGCGCGCGACGACCUGUAG